AUGCAGUAUAGUUUGGAAACUGAAUGUGUUGAUCCUAUGAAUAUGUCGGCAACUAUAGCAUUGAAUAAUCCAGUUUCUAAAAAUGGUGAUAGUCAUCUUGAAAUAUUUAGUCUUCUCUGGUUUGAUGAUACCAAUAACUUAGAGGACGCUCGAAACGCAAGACAAAAAUUACGUACUAUCAUAAAUCACUUCAAAGAGUUUCAUGAUGCAAACGAAUAUCAACAAUAUAUUGAACAAAGAUCAAAACAAGAUCGUUUGAUACUUGUUAUUAGUGAUCAAUCAGAACAAGAGAUAGUAUCUUCUGUUCAUGGACUUCGGCAAGUUUUAUCGAUCUAUAUUCAUUCCAAAAAAGAGAUAAAUGAUAACCAAUGGAUCAGUGGGUUUCCAAAGGUGAAAGUUAUUGUUGUUGGAAUUGACGAACUUGUUUCUCGAAUUAAAGCAGACUUUAAAAUACAGAUGAAAGAAGAAGAACCACUACCAAUGAAUAUAUUAACUACAGGCCAAUCAGCAAUAAAUAUCAAUGGUCAAUUCGUUUUCUCUCAAGUACUUAUUGAUUGUCUUCUUCGACUAAAAUCUAAUGAGACAGACCGAUAUGAACUGAUCUCGUGUUUAAAAAGAGAAUAUGAAGGAAAUAGCUCCGAGCUAGAUAAACUUGUUGAAUUUGAAAAGGAGUACACGUCAAAUAAAGCCUUAUGGUGGUACACUCGUGACUCGUUUUUCUAUAAAAUCUUGAACGCAGCUUUGCGCAAACAAGAUACUCGCAUGAUUCUUCUAUAUAAAUCAUUUAUUUCGGACAUCUACCGUCAAUUACAAUAUCAUCAAUCUAAGCAUCCUGUACGAGUUUAUCGUAGUCAAUUGAUGUCCAAAGAUGAAUUAAUGGAUCUCGAGCAAUAUGUUGGUCAGUUCGUUUCCAUGAAUUCAUUCCUGUCUACUAGUAACGAACGUCCAAUAGCUCUCUUCUAUAUGGGUGACAAAACUCAGGAAAUUGAUUUAGAACGAGUAUUAUUCGAAAUCGAAGCCGAUCCGCAAGUAGUUACUACAAAACCAUUUGCUGACAUUAGUAUGUAUAGCUGUUUUGAUGUCGAAUCAGAAGUCCUUUUUAUGCUCGGUUCUAUUUUUCGUCUCGAUGAUAUCACUUUGGGAGAUGAUCAAGUUUGGAUAAUUCACAUGACACUAUGUAGUGAUGAUGAGCAUGAUUUAAAGCAGGUUCUUACGGACAUGAAGAAUCAAAAUGGCAUCGGAGAAACAAAUCUUCAUACAUUGGGCAAAUUAUUAUGGAACACGGGUAACCUAGAUUUAGCCGAGAAAUACUAUAAUCGUUUGGCAGACGAACUUUUACCGAAUGAUCCCAUGCUUAAAAAUUUAUAUACAGACCUCAGUGUGAUUGCUUCUCAGCAGCGUGAUUAUAACAAGAGUGUUCAGUUGCACAAGAAAUCACUUGAGAUCAAAGUUCAACUAUUACCCACUGAUGCUGAUAAAAAAGCAUUGCAAGUCGAAUCAUCAAUUGAUAUCGAUCCGAAAAUUACUCUCAAACUUAUCGAUCAGUCCGUGAUUAAAAUAAAAGAAACUGUUGAACAAGUAAAAGCUAACAAAAACCAAUGCAGGCGACUUGUGGAAAGAAUCAGCGCAAUUACUUGCGUCUUACAAUGUAUAAGUGAUGUAGAACAUCAAAAACCGGAAUUAAGAAGAUUUCUGAUGGAUUUCUGCAUCUGUAUUGAACAAUGUCUUGCCUUUGUCACAAAAUUUCAAGGAGAUACGCUAUGGUUCCUCAAAGUCUUUAAGAGUAUAAACUCUAAAGAUCAAUUCAAGAAGUUAAAAGCUCAACUUUUACAAUGCGCCACCGCUCUUAAUUUGGGCAUUAAUUUACAACAGAUUUUCGACGAGAAACAGGAUGAUAUCGAUCAACAAAAUGAUCUAAAUAAUAUUCAACAAAAACUUGAUGAGAUCGCAGCGAUGAUGGUACAACAACAACAAGAACAGCUCCAUCAUGUUCAGGACAUUAAGCAAGACUUUAAACCACGACAUGCAUCGUAUAAACAUCAUCUAGAACAGAACAUUAUGCGAGCAGAAGAUCCUGUUAAAGCUAAAAAACUAACUGACAAAGAAAAUUCUUUUCUUCGAAUUCCUUACUAUGAUUUGACACAAGAAGAAUACAUUGGACAGGGAGGAUUCGCUAAUGUUUAUCGUGGCAAAUGGCUUUCUCGAGAUCUUAAAGUAGCUAUAAAAAUUAUUCGAGUUCAAUAUCUUAACGAAAGAGUUAAAGAAGACUUUAUCAAAGAGAUUGUGACAAUGCAACAAAUUCAUUGCGAACAUGUACUUCAUAUGUAUGGUGCUUGCAUGGAACCAGAGAAGUAUGCACUUGUUAUUGAAUAUAUGUCUCUUGGCUCUCUUUACGAUGUUUUGAGACUUCAGACAAUAAAACUGACAUGGUAUAACCGUUGGUUGAUUGCGCAUCAAAUAAUCAAAGGUAUUAAUUAUUUACAUACACUAUCAAAACCAAUUAUUCAUCGUGAUAUAAAAUCACAUAAUGUUCUGAUGACGAAAAAGAAUGGAGGUUUUCUCGUGAAAGUCGGUGACUUUGGACUAGCUAAGAUUCGCCGCGAAACCUCACAACAGUCUGUGUAUGAACCUGUUUUUGGUACUUUACCAUGGAAAGCACCUGAACUACUUAGAAUUGCUAGACAUACUGAGGCUAGCGAUGUUUAUGCUUUGGGAAUCGUACUUUGGGAACUAGCAACAGGAUAUGAACCUUACGAAGAUGCUGACGAUUCAACAAUAAGUGCAUUCGUCAGAGGAGGCGAUCGAUUAGAUAUUCCUAUAGAUGUUCCUGAAUCUUUCGCUAAACUUAUUGUCAAUGCUUGGGCACAAGAGCCUAAACAGCGACCAACUUGUCAAGAACUUCUCAAUAUGUUCCCACGGAGAUAUUCUGAACCAGAAAUCAUCGACGAAUUUACGGAUAUUACAACUAGCUCUCAACGCUCAACACCGGUGAAUAAUGAAGAAUUACAAAGUGAUGACUAUGAUAACGAUAAUCACGAAAUGUCAAUGAUUAACUUGAUACAACCAACUACAGACAUAACCACUGCAUAUCAAGAAAAAGCUACAGCGCGUAUUUCCCGGUUAUCAGAUAUCUUUCGAACACCAAGUCGUAUGCUUAUGCCGAUCCGUGGAUAUGAGAAGCUGCCACUAGUUUCUCUCGAAACCGCCGUCCAGCCGUUAAUCACUCUUCUGCCCAAAAUUCAACAAUAUGCUUAUGUCGCUAAACAGCGAGCCGACGUAGCAACUGAUGGUUUAACACAAGAUGAAUCAGCCUCGAUCAUGCUUUACUCGAUGGAUUGGGAACCAUCAGAUGAAUGUCUUUAUGCAGUAUUGAACAAGAGUCUUCGAUCAGAAAAUCGAACACAACUGAAACCGUGGUUUUCCUAUCUCAAACUCUUGCUCACUGCCCUUUCUCGUCUUCCAUCUGAACGUAUGACUGUUUAUCGUGGAGUCAGAUUAGAUUUGAGUAGAGAAUAUCAAAAGGGCGCAACUGUUUUGUGGUGGGGCUUUUCUUCAUGCACUACAUCGAUGGAUGUUUUACGGCAUGAUCAAUUUUUGGGAAAUACGGGUGCUAGAACAGUCUUUAUUAUUGAAUGUUAUUCUGGUAAAAACAUUCGAAAUCAUUCAUAUUUUGCGUCAGAAGAGGAAAUUCUUCUUCCUCCUGCUACUCAGUUACGAGUUAAAAGUUGUCUGGAUCAAUCAAGUGGUCUUAAAUUAAUACAUCUGGAAGAAACUGAAUCACCUUUUCCUCUAAUCGAGCCGAUAUCAAGUUCAGAAAUUAACUUUGAACUGGAAAAUACUGUUCAAUCCUCAUCUUAUUCAAUAACAUCUUCGACGCUGCCCGGCGAUUCGUAA